CGUUCCUCCCCUUUGCCGCGCCCCGCUCCGCGUCCCGCAGCGGCCGUGGGGUCCCUCGGUGCCCCUUCUCCCCACGCACGGAGCCUCGGGGCGGGGGUCCCGGGGCCGGGUGGCGGGAUGCGGGCUCCGCCGGGGACUGUUCCCCUGCUGGCCCGGGGGCCGGGACCGGGACCGGGACCGGGGCGGGGGCGCAGCCGCGGCACUAUUUAAGCGCUGGCCGCGCGCGGCCCCUCACAUGACAGCGGUGUGACCGGCCCGGCCCCGCCAUGGCGUGGAGCGCGGCGUGGCUGCUCCGGCCCCGCGGCGGGGAGAGCGCCCACCUGCUGCCCCAGGGGUCCAGGCUGGUGCGGCUGCCCUCCUCCUCCUCCGAUGAGGAUGACCACUCACCGGCCGGGGACACGGACCUGGCCGCAGGCGAGCAGGACCCUGCGCUGUGGUGCUCCGGCCCCCCCAAGCUGAGUCCCUUCAGCCAGUGCGUGCGGUACCUGGCCUUCCUCUGGAACCUGCUCUUCCUCCUGCUGGGCCUGCUGGCCCUGGCCGUGGGAGCGUGGGGGCUGCUGGCCAAGGGCUCGCUGGAGGGGGAGCGCCUGGCCCCCCUGGGCUCCGACCCCAUGCUGCUCUUUGUGCUGGUGGGGCUGGGGGCCAGCACCGUCUCGCUGGCCGGCUGCCUGGGCGCCCUCCGCUCCAGCCCCUGCCUGCUGCGCUUCUUCGUGGGCGCCGUGCUCACCUUCGCCGCGCUGGAGGUGCUGGGGGGGCUGCUGCUGGUAGCGGCACGGCACCGGCUGCGCGACGCCAUGCGGGACACCCUGCUGCUCUGCCUCCUGCGCUACCAGGAGGAGCCUGACCUGCGGUUCCUGGUGGAUGAGGUGCAACGGAGCCUGCGGUGCUGCGGCCUCAGCUCCUACCGCGACUGGGAGACCAACCCGUACUUCAACUGCAGUGCCCCGGGAGUGCAGGCGUGCAGCGUCCCUGCCUCCUGCUGCUUGGACCCCUGGCAGAAUGGUACCCUCGCCAACACCCAGUGCGCCUUUGGGGUCCUGCGCCUGGGCGACAUGGCGGCCAGCACCAUCGUGCACCUGGGGGGCUGCGUGGCACAGCUCAGCGCCUGGCUUCACACCCAGGCAGGCGGCAUCGUGGCUGGCGCAGCUGUGCUGGUGCUGGUCGAGGCCACUGGUGUGCUCAUGGCGCUGAGGGUGCUUGGAGACAUCAUGCCCAUUGGGGCACACGGUUGAGGUGUGUUGUGCUGGUUGCCACCCGGGGUGGGGGACACCAUGGGAACGGAGACAUGCAGGGGACUGACCCAGCCCAAAAUAAAUCUCAUCGGAAAGCUGA